AUGGGCAAGAACGAAGGGUUAGCAGCGGCAGGUCUUAUGUUGUUGAUGAUGGUGAAUACUGCGCAUAGCAUCGGCGCAAACUGGGGAACACAGGCGACUCACCCUCUGCCUCCUGCAACUGUGGUGAAGCUGCUCAAGGACAACGGGAUUCAGAAGGUGAAGCUCUUCGACGCGGAGGCGCCAGUCCUCUUCGCCUUCCGAGGAUCCGGGAUUGAGGUCAUGGUCGGAAUCCCCAACGACAUGCUCGCAACUCUCGCCGCCAGCGUCGAUGCUGCCGAGAGAUGGGUCGAGAAGAAUGUCUCUGCACAUAUGUCCUCCAACAGUGUCCAAAUCAAGUAUGUUGCAGUAGGAAAUGAGCCUUUCCUCUCCACAUACAACGGAACAUUCCUGAGCACGACCUUGCCGGCGCUGCAGAACAUUCAGGCGGCUCUGAUCAAGGCCGGCCUCGGCGGUCGGGUGAAGGUCACCGUCCCGUUGAACGCCGACGUGUACGAGUCUACGGCGCCGCAGCCAUCGACAGGCGACUUCCGAGCAAAUGUCAAAGAUGUGAUGGUGCAGAUCGUGGAUUUCUUGAGCCGGAAUGAAGCUCCAUUCACUGUCAACAUCUACCCGUUCAUAAGUCUCUACAACGACGCCAACUUCCCGGUGGACUACGCCUUCUUCGACGGGGUCUCGAGCCCCAUCGACGACAAUGGCAGGACCUACACCAAUGUGUUUGACGCCAACUACGACACCCUCGUCUGGGCGCUGCAGAAGAACGGAUAUGGGAACAUGACGAUCAUCGUCGGAGAAAUCGGGUGGCCCACCGAUGGGGAUCGCAACGCCAACAUCGGAUACGCACAGAGGUUCAACCAAGGCGUGAUGGCGCAUAUGAGCAAGGGCACUCCUAUGAGACCAGGCCCUGUGGAAGCCUACCUGUUCAGCCUCGUCGACGAGGACGCCAAGAGCAUCCAGCCGGGGAACUUCGAACGCCACUGGGGCGUGUUCAACUACGAUGGGACGAUCAAGUACAACCUCAGCCUCGGGUCGAACAACCGUGGUCUCGUCCCAGCCAGCAAUAUCCACUACCUCCCCAAGCGUUGGUGCGUCCUCGCCCCCACUGCCAGCCUCGACGAUCCUCAGCUCAUUCCCAGCGUGGAAUACGCGUGCUCCACUGCCGACUGCACCAGUCUAGGGUUCGGAAGCUCUUGUGCGGAUCUUGAUGCACGGCAGAACGUGUCAUAUGCGUUCAAUAGUUACUACCAGACAAGCAACCAGACGGAGACUGCCUGCAAGUUCCCUAACCUCUCUGUGAUCACGACGACUGAUCCGUCGAGUGGCACGUGUCGCUUCGGGAUUAUGAUCAGAGUGCCUGGUAAGGGAAAUGGUGGCUACUUGUUAGAGCCGCUUGGCGUCCUGCUUCAAAUGCUUGUAGUAAUGCUGGCCUUUUUGUGAGGGCACUGAGGCUAUCAUACUGUUGUUUCAUUCUUUUUUGUUAUAUACAGAUGUGAUUCUCAGUA